UCGGUCUCCAACGUGGAGGUCUGCGACCUGGCCUACGCGGGGCGCCUGGAGGAGCUCAAGGAGCGCCUGGCCGCCCACCGGGGCUUGGCCACCCGCCCGGACCAGGACAACAGGACAGCCUUGCACUGGGCAUGUUCCGCUGGACGCACCGAUGUUGCCGACUUCUUGCUGAGCUUGGGAGUGCCCGUGAAUGACAAAGAUGACGCGGGUUGGAGUCCUCUGCACAUCGCUGCUUCUGCCGGCCGGGAUGAAAUAGUGCGAGCUCUUAUAAAGCGAGGGGCCCAGGUGAAUGCUGUCAAUCACAACGGCUGUACUCCUCUGCAUUACGCAGCAUCCAAAAAUAAGCAGGAGAUUGCAGUGAUGCUGCUCGAGAACGGCGCCAAUCCGGACGCCAAGGACCACCUGGACUCGACCCCGUUGCACCGAGCAGCCUCCAAAGGAAACCUGAAAAUGAUACAGAUCCUUUUGAAACACAAGGCUUCUGCCAACCUGCAGGAUUCAGAAGGAAACACAGCUCUCCAUUUAGCCUGCGACGAAGAGCGAGUGGACGAAGCCAAACUCUUGGUAUCCCACGGUGCAAGUAUAUAUAUUGAAAAGAAAGAAGAAAAGACUCCACUUCAAGUGGCGAAAGGCGGUCUGGGCUCGAUCUUAAGGAGGCUGGUGGAAGGCUAGCCGUCCCUUAUUCUGCCUGUGAAUGACUGGACUUCAGGCCGUUCACUUUUCUUUUGGAUUGGCUUUGACUGUCAUAACUUUUCUGUAGCAUAGCUUCUCUUGUAUUGUGUCUCCUUGCCUGCAUUUUCUGCAGCCCAACAGCAUUCCUUUGAAUUC